AUGUACCCGGCUAGUUCCAAUGACAAAGCUUGCAACAACUUCGCCCAAAAGUAUUUUAUUGAUAUAGCUGAAAGCAGUAACGAGGAUAAGCUACAACUGUUAGAAGCGAUAACUCGUACUUUCCGAAACAAUGAAGAUGCUUGGGACCAUCAUAUGAGUCCAAAUUCAGGAGGAUUAUCAUCUAGCAGUCCAUCCUUGGUGGAUAACAGCAUAGGAGGAGUAUGGACACCAAAUAGUCAACAAUGGGGCAUACCACCAAAUGCUCAACAAUGGGGUUCAUCCCAAGCUGCUCUACAAUGGAGAACACCACCUUGCUCAACCAUGGGGCACACCACCAAAUGCUCAACAAUGGCGCACACCACUGAACGCACAACAAUGACGCACACCACCGAACGCUCCACAAUGGGGCACACCACUGAAUACUCCACAACGGGGGUUUGCACCAAACCAGACACAAAAUUAUCAACAAGGGGGGUCAUCAGGAAUAGCUCUCAUCAAUUUUCAUUAUGGAUUUUCAGUUGGAAGUCAAGAACAAAAGAUAUUUUGAAAGAACACCAGUCCAAACUGAAGGAUGUUUGGGAUGGAGAAAUAUUUGGUAUUAACUACAACAAGAUAAUGCUGUUUAUUUUCAUUUACAGCGAAUGUUAUUGCCAUGUUUCACAACAUUAUGUGAUACGCUUCAAACAUAUUAUGGACUACAGCCAACAUUAUAUAUAA